AUGGACUACAAAGCUGAUGAGAAGGUCGCUGUUGACCAUGGUGAUGAGGUUCAUGAAGCUCAUGUCGCGGUGCAGCUUGCGCAUGAUGUUGAGAAUCAGAAGUUGUCGCCAUGGACGCCUCGUAUGUUCAGGUUGUACUUCAUUCUGGCUUGCGCAUACCUCUGCGGUUGCUUGAACGGAUAUGAUGGCAGUCUUCUCGGUGGUAUCAACGGCAUGAAGGCAUACCAGCGCUACUUCAACAUGUCUUCCGAGGGUUCUUCGACCGGUAUCGUCUUUGCCAUGUACAACAUCGGUUCCAUCGCCGCCGUAUUCUUCACCGCCCCCGUAAACGAUUUCUUCGGCCGACGAUGGGGCAUGUUCACCGGCGCCGUCGUAGUCAUCAUCGGAACAUGUGUCCAAGCUACAUCCACCGGACGAGGCCAAUUCCUCGGCGGUCGUUUUAUCCUGGGCUUCGGCGUCAGCUUCUGCUGUGUCUCUGCCCCUUGCUACGUUAGCGAGAUGGCGCACCCCAACUGGCGAGGCACCAUCACCGGUCUAUACAACUGUACCUGGUACAUCGGUAGCAUCAUCGCUAGUUGGGUCGUCUACGGCUCCAGUUACAUCGAUGGCGAGAUUGCCUGGAGACUUCCCAUUUGGUGCCAGAUGAUCACCUCUGGUAUCGUUGCUCUUGGUGUUCUGUGGCUGCCUGAGUCUCCACGCUGGCUCAUUGCGCAGGACAGAGUUGAGGAUGCUGUCAAGGUUCUUGCUACAUACCAUGGUGAGGGUGACGAGAAUCAUCCCAUGGUUGUGCUGCAGAUCAAGGAAAUGACGAACCAGAUCGCUGCUGAUGCUACUGAUAAGUCUUGGUGGGACUACCGUGGACUCUGGAACACCCAUAGUGCGCGACGCCGACUUAUUGGAGUCUUGGGUAUGGCUGUCUUUGGACAAGUCAGUGGAAACAGUUUGAGCUCUUAUUAUCUUCCCGUCAUGCUGAAGCAAGCCGGCAUCACUGACGAAAAGAAGGUGUUGGCUCUUAAUGGCGUCAACCCUGUGCUCUGCUUCUUCGGCGCCAUUCUCGGAGCUCGUCUCACUGACGUUAUUGGUCGUCGCCCUCUUCUGAUUUACUCCAUCAUCUUCUGCUCCUGCUGUUUCGCCGUCAUCACCGGCACCAGCAAGCUCUCCCUCGACCAGCCUGACAACGCAUCCGCUGCCAACGCCACUGUCGCCAUGAUCUUCAUCUUUGGUAUCGUCUUCUCUUUCGGCUGGACUCCUCUCCAGUCAGCAUACAUCGCUGAAUGCUUGUCCACCGACAUCCGAGCCAAGGGCACUGCCGUCGGUAACCUUGCUAGUUCAAUUGCGUCGACCAUUAUCCAGUACAGCAGUGGUCCCGCUUUCGAGGACAUCGGUUACUACUUCUACCUCGUGUUUGUCUUUUGGGAUUUAUUUGAAGCUGUCUUUAUUUACUUCUUCUUCCCCGAGACCAAGGAUCGUACUCUCGAGGAAUUGUCGGAGGUGUUUGAGGCACCCAACCCUGUUAAGAAGAGUCUUCAGAAGAGGGAUGCGCAGACUGUUAUGAACACUCUGAAUGUGACGGGAGAUGCGAAGCUUGCGGGAGAGUAUUUCCAAGGUCUCAUGCCCAUCAAGCUUUUGCACCAACCUCGCUCGCAGACCAAGGAAGUGUCCAAUCGGACAAGGUCACAAAAGCUGGGUGCGAUGCUUGUCGUACCCGCAAGACAAGGUUGGGUGAUCUACCAGAAACUUGACAGCUUGGCUGAUAGCGAUAGAUGCGAUGGGAACAAUCCUUGCGCGACUUGUGCGUCGAUCGGCCAUGAUUGUACCUACGGAUCUGAAGCCAACUCGAGGAGCAAGAACGAUCUCAUCCUAGAAAGUGUUCUUCGUGUCGAGAAGACCCUACACGAGUUAAGAUCUGCCAUCCCGAACGGUGUUCAACUCGCCAACUCACCUCAAACAAAUCGCACCAACUCAUUCUCGGGCUCGUCACCGGAUCUGAAUCUUCGUCGGCAGAGUCAUGCGAUUCAAACACCGACCAGUCAGGACCAACGCGAGAAUGUCAACAACCUCGAGAAUGCGGUCUUGGACUCUAUGCAUACCUCGACAACUGAGUCGAUACUCCAAUGGCCUCACUUUGACGUCUUUCCGCUGCUCCGACAUGAUGGAGACUCGAUCUUCUAUCUUGAACAAGCACGACCACCGCUAGUAGUGGCAUCGAAUCCCAUGUACCCAUACGUCGACGCGGAAGAUAUAACCUCCAUGCUCGAGGCAUUCGAACGAAACAUCAAUUUCUGGUACCCUUCCAUGUCACAAGAACAACUCGGCAAUAUACGUGCGACACUUCAAACCGGAAUGCCCUCGGAGGAUACAGUUCACUCUUGUCUUUGUUUACUCACCUUGGGCUUAGGAUGUGCAAGUCAAGCUGCUGAAGACCUUCGUUUUACAGCUGAGCCUGAUGCAGCAGAGAAAGAUAGAAGACUCCGGAAGCGGAAGCUUGGUGACAUCUACUUCCAACUGGCCCUGAAGAAGCUUCAUGUCGCACAUCUGCAAGUAGACUCUCAAAGCACCCAAUUCCGGCCACUCCAGGCUUGGGAAUACCUCAGUGCUACUGCGACGAGAUGCAUGUUACUUCUAUCCUAUCCACCGAACACGCAUGACGACGAGGCGGAAGAACGCAUCAGAAGGAUAUUCUGGUCUUGCUACAUUCUAGAAAGUGACUACAUGGCUGAGCUCUCAGCAUGUCCCCCUUCAGGAAUCGCUCGCGUCGAAUCUUCCAUCCCUCUACCAAGCACAUAUCACACGCACCCAUCCGAAAUCGUAGAAGAGGAAUCAUCUCUCUACUUCUUGGCCUGUAUCAGUAUGCGACGCCUCCUCAACAGAGUCCAUCAACUACUCUACGCAAAAGAUACAGGCGCCGCUUUCGAUCACACUCGCUUUCCACGCAUUGUCGCUGAACUCCAGCGGCAACUCGACGAUUGGCGCGAAGUUUUGCCAGCUUCGUUUUCCUUCAGCAUUGAUACAGAGGAGGCAGCAACAGCGGCUGGCGGCUUUCUUCGACAACGAUAUCUCACCUAUCUCAGAGGGUUCCCGCAGACAGUUCUGAUUGAUACCUGGAUAUGCUCCCUGUCUAUGUCUGGGGCAAUGCUCAUAAUCCUUGCGGCAUCACACGUGCCCGCUCUGAAAGAGUUCAUUGGUUCACGAGCGACACUUGUAGGGAGUCAUCUUGAGAAGCUGUUCCGAAACUGGCGAGAGGUAUCAUUUGGUGGAGACUCGCCGAGUGUUGAUCGAAGCAUGUGGCUCAUACAACAAGCGGAUAGUUAUAUAAGGGAUUGCUAUUGA